AGCGGCUGCGCCCUGCGCCGGGGAGGAGCCGGGGGCGGGCGGGCGGGCGAGCGGCAGGCGGGGACUGGGGCCCGAGGCGGGGAGUGCCGGAGCGCCGGCGGCGAGGACUGCAGCGACUGCAGAGCAGGCUCUGUGCGUGGGUCCGCGGCGGCUCAGGGUCCGCCCGCGGGCUGCGGUGCGAGCGGGCGGCCCGGCUCCUCUCCUUCCCCGCCCGCCGCCGCCGCAGCUGUGAUUGGGUGGAAGAUGGCGUUGGGCGGAUGGAAAUCCUAAUGACAGUCUCCAAAUUCGCCUCCAUCUGUACCAUGGGCGCCAAUGCCUCGGCAUUAGAGAAAGAGAUUGGUCCAGAACAGUUUCCAGUCAAUGAGCACUAUUUUGGAUUAGUCAAUUUUGGGAAUACCUGCUACUGUAAUUCAGUUCUUCAAGCACUUUAUUUUUGUCGUCCAUUUCGGGAAAAAGUUCUAGCAUACAAGAGCCAACCUAGGAAGAAGGAGAACCUUCUUACUUGCCUAGCAGACCUCUUCCAUAGCAUAGCCACUCAGAAGAAGAAGGUUGGGGUGAUUCCUCCUAAGAAGUUCAUAACAAGAUUACGGAAGGAAAAUGAGCUUUUUGACAACUACAUGCAGCAAGAUGCCCAUGAAUUCUUAAAUUACCUACUAAAUACAAUUGCUGAUAUUUUACAAGAAGAAAGAAAGCAGGAAAAACAAAAUGGCCGCUUACCUAACGGUAAUAUUGACAGUGAGAACAACAACAGCACACCAGACCCGACGUGGGUUCAUGAGAUUUUUCAGGGAACAUUGACAAAUGAAACCAGAUGUCUUACUUGUGAAACUAUAAGCAGCAAAGAUGAAGAUUUUUUAGACCUUUCUGUUGACGUGGAACAAAACACAUCGAUUACUCACUGCUUAAGGGGUUUCAGCAACACAGAAACUCUGUGCAGUGAAUACAAAUAUUACUGUGAAGAAUGUCGCAGCAAACAGGAAGCACACAAACGGAUGAAAGUUAAAAAACUGCCCAUGAUUCUAGCUCUACACCUGAAGAGGUUUAAAUACAUGGAUCAACUUCAUCGAUACACAAAACUGUCUUAUCGGGUAGUUUUUCCUUUAGAACUUCGUCUGUUUAACACCUCUGGUGAUGCGACCAACCCUGACAGAAUGUACGACCUUGUCGCCGUGGUGGUUCACUGUGGAAGUGGUCCCAAUCGAGGACAUUAUAUUGCAAUAGUUAAGAGUCAUGAUUUUUGGUUGUUGUUUGAUGACGACAUUGUAGAAAAAAUAGAUGCACAAGCUAUUGAAGAAUUCUACGGGUUGACAUCAGAUAUCUCAAAGAACUCUGAGUCUGGUUACAUCCUUUUCUAUCAGUCUCGGGACUGAGAAGGGACUGUGAUGAAGAGACACUUUCUGCCUCAUUUCUUCUCUGGUUAUUUUGGAAAGGAUCAAGCACUGAUUUUUCAAGACAAGAGAAAUGCAGGAAGCUCAGGGGGCAGUAGCACACUUUGCACACAAUAAAGCAAAGACUAUGGAUUAACACGCUCUUCCUAUCAUGGUAGUUGAUUUAUUUGCUCAGGUAUCAUGCUGUCCGUGCAGUUCCACACAACAAGGAAGUGAAAUCAGAGAUAGCAGCUCCUCUUGUAAAACAGCCUUCCAGUAAUUGACAUGCAUUUCUCUUUAUUAAGUGCACCAGUAAUGAUUUGAACUCCUUGGGGGUGCAGUAGAAAGACUAGGAAUCCGUGCUAGGUUGUAUUGAUCAUUUAAGGAGAUCAUACUGAACACACUGCGUAAAUUUGCCCAUGUUGAAGAUACAUAGAAGGAAUAUUCGGUGGUCUUUUCAAGCGUAAACCAGAACUACAUUUGGGCCCAACACUUGCAGUUGCCUUCCUGACUUAAGAACUAACAGAUCACUAGAAUCCAGUGUCAGGAAGACAAAUAUGUUUUGCUUCUCUGAAGAAGCUUAUAAUAAUAUACAGUAUAUGUAUAUGUAGGGAACAAUUGGUCAAAAGUGGCUUUUUGUUUCCCCAAGGGGAAAGACUGGCUUUGUAAUUAUCUUUUUUUUUUCUUAUUUAUUUUACUUAAAACUGGUAGAGUCUAAGUAUUGUGUGAAGUGCCCAUGAUUCUGUCAGUAAAUUUGAGCAUAUUUUUAUUAGUUUUUGUCAGUUUAACUAGUCCUUUUGUUUGUUUCUAUUUUUAAGGUGAAUUUUAAGCUCUAUUUUAAAUCGUAGCAUACCUUAAGAAAAAUUUGCAACGAGAGGAGGUAAAUAUUCUUUUUCAGGAGGAACUGAUAUCUCUGGCUAAAUAUUUGUCCUUUUGUUAUAGUUUAUAAAUCAGUUAUUCAGCUUUAAUUUCAGUACCAUAAAAAACUAUCAAAAAUUCCCUGUCACGGUUGGAACGAUAAAGAAGUUGUGGCUC